UGCACUUGACUUUCGCAUUAAUUACCUCUUUGUGUGCUUUUUUCCCAUGUCUUUGUCCCCGCCUCUUACCACGGAGCUGCGCCGUGGUUCUCGUGUUUUUGUUCUAGUCACAUCUAAACUCUAAACCGAAGCAUGCAGCAAUGGCUGAUCUUUUCCACAGCUGUGGCUGUGUUUGGUUCGGAGCAAGCCGAUGCUGCCAAUCGCACUGCACAGGGCUUCCAGUUCAAUGCCUCCAUUGCGUGGCAAGGCAUUCGCGAGCUUUUGCCCACAGUGCUGUCAUUGCAGCCAGAGCGUGUUUGCUCCGCCGUCACAGUACCUUCCGUACAAGGCUCGACACUUUUUGUCUACAAGCGCAUUGACUGA